AUGCUAACUCUCGAAUCGCUGCGGGCGUGGUGGCGGCAUCAGUUGGAUCGUGUCUGUCUACGGGAUUUUUUCGGUUGUACGGACUUCUGGCAUUACCUUAAGCGAAAGGUGGCACCGGAUGGGGAACAAGUGCCGACUGAGCCCUUUACGUCUGACAAAAUGUCUUACCACAAAAAGCAAUCCUCCAAAGUUCGAUGGUUUCUUGCUCCAGCAUUUCUAAUUAUUUGGCCUGCAAUCUUGUAUGCCGUUGUAAUACCACUUUUCCUAUCACUACCCGAAGGAAUUACAAUCGCAAGCGAGAGCUCAUAUCCUGGUCAAUUCAUAGCCGAGCGUGCCGAAAAUAUACUAUACGAUUUCAACCAUAUCGGACCAAAAGUUGUGGGAAGUGAUGCAAAUGAAAACCAUACAGUGGAACUGCUUAAAAAUGAAUUGGAAAAGAUUAGAAGUGUUAUGCACGAGGAUCUCUUCGAAUUGGAUGUCGAUGUGCAGGUUGUCUCUGGCGCUUAUAUGCAUUGGCAAAUGGUGAAUAUGUAUCAGGCGGUACAAAACGUUGUGGUACGUAUUAGGAGUAAAAAUUCCACCAGCGAAGCGGCCUUACUCAUGAACAGCCAUUUUGACUCGAAACCUGGCAGUCCAGGUGCCGGCGAUGAUGGCACUAUGGUUGUUAUACUGCUCGAGACUCUGCGCGUGCUCGCCACAACUCGUCAAACUUUCACACAUCCAAUUGUAUUUCUAUUCAAUGGCGCCGAAGAGAAUCCUUUGCAGGCCACACACGGUUUUGUUACCCAACACGAAUGGGCUAAAAAUUGCAAAGCGGUCAUUAACUUGGAUUCAGCAGGUAGCGGUGGUCGUGAACUUCUUUUUCAAUCCGGACCCAAUCACUCAUGGUUAAUGAAAAUCUACCGUAAUACUGCUAAACGCUCAUUUGCGACAACAUUCGCAGAAGAAAUAUUCCAAUCCGGCAUUAUACCUUCGGAUUCAGACUUUAGAAUUUUCAAAAAUUUCGGACAUAUACCGGGCUUGGAUAUUGCACAUUUUAAAAAUGGCUAUGUAUACCACACGAAAUUCGAUAGGAUUGAUGUUAUACCACGUGGAACGCUACAACGUACUGGCGAUAAUAUAUUGGCACUGGCGCGAGCUUUCAGCAAUUCUACAGAAUUAAAAGAUCCAGAG